CGGAAGUGGGGGGGGGGGGGACCUGAGGCCCGGUCACCGGAAGCGAAGCCUCCGGUCGUCGAGCGGGAAGAAUGGCGGCGGCGGCAGCGAGCGAGUCGGUUUUGUGCGUCAAGACGGAGGUGAAGGUUUACCGGAUCCCGCCCCGGGCUUCGAGCCGGGGUCACAGGGCCGCGGACUGGAAACUGGAUCAAGCCGACUGGUCGGGGCGAUUGAGCGUCACCACGAAGGGGGAAACGGCCUACGUCAAGCUGGAGGACCGAGUCACGGGGGAGCUGUUCGCGGAGGCCCCGGUGGAUUCGUACCCUGGAAUCGCGAUCGAGGGCGUCACCGACUCCAGCAGAUACUUUGUCCUCCGGAUCCAAGACGGAGCGGGUCGCCGAGCGUUCAUCGGAGUCGGCUUCCCCGACAGGGAGGACGCGUUUGACUUCAACGUAGCCCUCCAGGAUCACUUCAAGUGGGUGAAGCAGGACGCCGAAGCCCUGAGGCAGGAGCAGGACCUGCCUCCCUGUCCGAGGCUGGACCUGGGCUUCAAGGAGGGUCAGACCAUCCAGCUGCACAUCGGGAACAUGAAGAGGAGGCAGCAGCCCCGGCCGAGGCCGGUGACAACCACGGCAGGGACCAGCGGAGCUGUGCCCCUCCUCCCUCCACCGGGGGGAAAGCACCCAGGCGGCAAGGGGUCACCCAAGCGGACCACGGAGAGCCAAACUCCCCGGACAGGCAGCGACGCAGUCCUCCCGUUGACCUAACCUUCCCACAACCUGCCUGGGUCCAGUUUCAAACAAAAGCAUGCAGCCUGAUUUUGCAUGGUGCUCGACAUUUGACCCCAGUAUCUCUUGACCCCAGUAUCUCUUGACCCCAGUAUCUCUUGACCCCAGUAUCUCUUGACCCCAGUAUCUCUUGACCCCUGUAUCUCUUGACCCCAGUAUCUCUUGACCCCAGUAUCUCUUGACCCCAGUAUCUCUUGACCCCAGUAUCUCUUGCCCCCCCCGUAUCAACCCCAGCCUAAAACUCAACCCCUAUCAGUGUUAACCCGACACCUAGGCACUUUGAAUGGUCAAUAGGCGUGUGUGUGUGUGUGUGUGUGUGUGUGUGUGUGUAAAUAUAUAAUCUGUGUAUAUAUGGAUCGCCCUGUGUAAAGUGCAGUCACGCAUGUUCAAAUUGUCACCGCCUCAGUAACAGCCAAAACAAUCGAUUAGAUUCCAGCCUGUAACUCACUCCCGGGUAUCUGUUAUUCUAUAUAUAAAACACCCUGAACCCCUCGAUUAGAUUCCAGUCUGUAACUCACUCUCGGGUAUCUGUUAUUCUAUAUAUAAA